AUGGACGGAGAUGUCAGGAGUUAUAAGGAUUUAGUGGACUCAAUCAUCAGGCCUCCUCGCGAAUCUUAUACAAUGGAGGAGCUUGGGCCUAUAGAGUUCACUAUCAAAGAUAAGAAAUACGCCAGGAAAGAUGUAGGUCUGGUUAACCCUCAAGGAGACACUAUUGUUUGUAGCCAUUAUGAGCCAGCUUCAAAUGAGAGAAUUAAUAAAAUGCUGCCUUGUGUUAUUUUCUGUCAUGGCAACUGAGGAAGUAGACUCGAUGCCCUCCCAACUGUGCUGAACCUGUUACCUCAUAAUAUAACAGUCUUCUCUCUAGACUUCUCAGGAAGCGGAAGAUCUGACGGAGAUUAUGUAAGCCUAGGUUGGUACGAAAAAGAUGACAUUUCAACGGCAAUUGAAUAUCUCAGAUCUCAAGAUAGCGUAUCGUCUAUUGGCCUCUGGGGACAAUCCAUGGGAGCUGUAGCUUCACUCCUCUAUUCAUCAGAAGACCCUCUGAUAUCGGGAUUGGUUUUAGACUCACCUUUUUCAAAUUUAAAAAAGCUAUGUCUUGAGCUGUGUAAGGUACAUAGCAAAAUACCAACAUUUGUCUGAAAAAUAGGAUUGCGAAUGAUGAGAAGAACAAUUCUUAAAAAGGCAAAUUUUGACAUUAACAAGCUUGACAUACUAAAGCAAGCGAAGAAAUGAACCGUCCCCUGAAAGUUCUUCUACGGAACUAAAGACGACUUUGUCAGUCCUUCCCAUUCUAAAAAGCUUUAUAAAGCUUACUCCGGAGACAAAGGGCUGGCCGAAUUUGAAGGAGACCACAACAGUGAAAGACCAGAUUUCUUCUAUGAUUCAGCUACAAUCUUCUUUUGCAAUCUUUUCAUGGUUGACUGUAUCGAGGACGAGAGAGCCAAAUUUGAUGAAAACCCGAUUAAAAAGGAAGCAAUUGAACUAUUAGAAGGAAAAAUUCCUGAGCUUGACAGUACGAAAUUUCGAAAAAUCUGAGAGGCCGUUGAGAGCCAAAUUCCUGAAGAAAAUGAAGACUUGUACAAGUUUGAUCAGUCUGUCGAAAACCAGAUAAAACGCAAUCAAAGAAAGCAUCUCCAAGCCCGUGCUGCUAAAGAGAAAGAAGACCUUGACAAAGCUGUCCUCCACAGCAUGCAAACCCUCCUUGACGAGAAGGAAGAGGAAAAUCAAGUCAUUGAUGCUCUAGAAAAAAUCGGCCUUUUUAGACAAAGCUCCAAGGUGAAUCUUGAAAAAGAGCUUCUAGAGACUGUGAAAAUGCACUCAAAAGAUCUUGACCUUGUAGGUGACCUUAAUGACCGGGAAGAAGAGGAUGAGACUUAUCAAAGCUCUGUUUGAAUCACUGAUCCUGUUUAG